AUGGCAGAAGCCAAACGCCAGUCGACCGAGGGUCUUGUCGACAACAUGGACCCCCGCGAAUCCCACGAGUUGGAGGAGCUGCCCACAUUUGAGAAGCCGGUCGCAGAGCCACCAUUAUCGCUCAAUGAACAGCUAAUUACCUGUUUUUGGAUUGGGUUAAACACUUUGUCAACGCUGGGCUUGAUCUUCUUGAGCAAACGAACAUUCAGCGACCCCCAACUCAAAGCCUGCCAACUCAUGGUCGUCAUGUGGCACUUCACCGCAACCGGCCUCGUCCUCUUCCUCUCCACCCUGCGCCCCUUUUGCGCUUUCAAAGCUGUGCGCCUCAACAUCUGGCAAAUGCUGCCCGUCUGCGGUUUCUUCGCCGGCUACGUCGUCCUCGGCAACCUCUCGUUGACCUUCAACUCCAUCGGCUUCUAUCAGCUCUCCAAAGUCAUGACCACCCCGACCGUCGUCCUCAUCAACUUUGUCCUCUUCCGCAAGUACGUGACGCGCUACAUGCUCGCCGCCAUCCUCGCCACCUGCAUCGGCGUCGCCUUCACCAUCAACGAAGCCGCCAAAACCCAACUCUUUGGCGUCGUCGUCGCCACCCUGGCCUUCUGCAGCACUGCCCUUUACCAAAUCUGGAUCGGCAAGAAGAUUGAAGACUUUGCCGUCUCCCCCCCGCAACUCCUCCUCAACCAAGCCCCCAUUAGCGUCUGCCUGCUCAUCCCUUUUGUCCCCUUCUUCGACACCAUGCCCGAUCUCAGCGUCGUGCCCACCAACAUCCUCUGGUCGGCAUGCGCGAGCGGCAUCAUGGCGAGCAUGUACAAUCUCUCGCAGUUUCUCAUCAUUGGCCGCACCAGCGCGCUCACCUUCAACAUUGUCAGCCAUCUCAAGACCAUUCUCAUCCUCAGCAUCGGCUGGUAUAGCGAGGGCAAGAUUCUGAGCAUGAGGGAGUGCUUUGGCGUCUUGUUGGCCUUGGGCGGCGGCUGGGUGUACUCGCAUCUCGCGCUCAAGGCAAAGAAGCAGGGCAAGUAG